AGUAACGUAAGUUUAGCACUGUGUUAUGAAUGCCGCAUCGCGAAUACGCCGGUGGCCCAUCAACUCAUCGCCGUCCCUUCCCCGCGACAUAUACGUACUCAACGUCUUUUAUCAUUUUUUUUUUCUUGAUGGCGCUCGGAGAUUGGGAACGUACAGGUGCAGUGUGGAUACAAAUCUUCGCAACAUAAAGAGGCCGACAUUGGAUAUUUGCUUGUGAUUAUCAUCCGGAUAAAUAUGACCCUGCUUUUGGUUCUGAUAUCGCCGUUGCUUUUGUUUCUUACGCUUCGAAUGGGCUCGGGAUUAGUGCAAUGUAGAGAACUCGAGGCGCGGAAAAUGGACAAUAGUCGGCGAAUAGCGAACAUAACAGCCGCCAUUAAGGACAUGCUGGAAGACUAUGAUAUCAGAUUGCGGCCCAGAUUUGGAGGUCCAGCCAUUGACAUAGGUAUAGACAUCGAGAUAGUAUCAAUAAACAGCAUUUCAGAAGUUAAUAUGGACUACACAUUAACCAUGUACUUCCGGCAGCAUUGGAAAGAUGAACGGUUGUCGUAUGACCCUUGCCUUGGCAACGUCUCCCUCAGCGGUAUACUAGCGGAACGCAUCUGGGUACCCGACACUUACUUCCCCAACGACAAGCGUUCUUUCGUCCAUGACGUCACAGUCACGAACAAACUCCUUCGUUUCCAUCAUGACGGCACAAUCACAUACGGCAUGAGGAUUACAAGCGUUGCUUCGUGCUACAUGGAUUUAGUGCAUUACCCUAUGGACGAACAGAACUGUUCCCUCGAAAUUGAAAGUUAUGGUUACACAACAGCAGAUGUCAACUUUGUAUGGCAGUAUGGAGACGAUUCAUUAGAGGGCGUAAACAAUAUCGAAAUGGCUCAGUUCACAUUAAGCGACUACAAACUCAUAGUCAAAAUGCAGAAUUUUUCAACAGGUUCAUAUCCUCGACUGGCGUUGACGUUUAGGAUCAAGCGAAAUGUGGGUUUCUUCUUCCUUCAGACCUACCUUCCAUCCAUCUUACUCGUCAUGUUGUCCUGGGUGUCCUUCUGGAUCAACCAUGAAGCAACAUCAGCCAGGGUUUCACUGGGUAUAACGACCGUCCUGACGAUGACCACCAUCAGCACGGCGGUUCGGCAGUCGCUGCCCAGGAUCUCCUACGUCAAGUCAAUCGACAUCUACGUCAUCACCUGCUACUCUUUCGUGUUCGCGGCCCUGGUCGAGUACGCCAUCGUCAACUACAACUACUGGCUUGAGCAGAAGAAGAAGGUGAAGGAAGCGCACGGCAUCAAGAACAACCCCACGCAGAACAGCAAUAAUAAAAAACCGCCUGAAGUAAGAUAUGACCAGUUACAGCAGUUCAACCCUCAGGUUGCACUACGGCUUUCGCAGGUCGAUUCCGAAGACGACAUCCUCGAAGACGAUGAAAUGAAGAACAGCAUGGGUAUGGACGCUCUCAACGGUAAUGACCGCGGUCAUCGCCGAACGUCGCUGACGUAUAGACCGCAGCACCGAAACAACGCCCAAAACAACGCGCGCAAUAACACGGCAUACGGACCGCGUUAUACGAACGUCAACCCGAGCAUCACUAGACGCCGAAAAAAGAAGCCGAAGAGAAUCCGAGUGUUGCCGAGGAUCCGAAAUGUAAAUACAGUCGACCGAGUGUCGCGAAUUCUCUUCCCGUUUUUGUUUUUAUUAUUUAAUGUAUUAUAUUGGGUCGGGUAUCUCUACGUGUUGCCUAAUAGGUCAAAAAAUGAAUAGUUGUAAUACAUAUAUCAGCAUUAAAUAAGUAACAUGUAUUAGAUACAUUAUAUCUUCACAGUGUAGUUAUUUUAUAGUCGGAGCAACGAAGCAAUUACUCGGUUUUCUUUUUUUUUCUACUUAUGAAUUACACUUAGCCUAAAGUAUACAUUACAUUGCAAGUUAGAUAUUUUAUACUAUCAUACGAAAAAAAAUCAUAAACAUGUGAAUGCAUG